AAUUCUUUAAAUGGCAAGCAAUGAACUUGCUCAACUGUGAAAUUGCCCUGAUUAUGUAAUAAUCAGUCCAAUUUUUUUCAAUUUCUAUUGAUCAUAUUCCUGAAGGCUUUUUGCUGUUACAAUGGAUCCUCUUCUCUUCUGACACUGUGAAUUUUCUGAACUCCACAACCCACCCCCCCCCCAACUCUUUAAAUCUCUAAUAAUCCGGAUUCCUAAAUUAGCAUACUAUGGUCAAAUUAUGUAUUUUAUGUAACAAGCGUAAAGCUGUGUUGAAAAGGCCCAAAACUGGUCAGCAGAUCUGUCAAGAGUGUUUCUUCUAUGUGUUUGAAACGGAAAUUCAUCAUACUGUCACCGAUUCAAAACUGUUUCGCAGAGGUGAAAGAGUAGCGUUGGGUGCCAGUGGUGGCAAAGAUUCAACUGUCCUUGCUCAUGUUAUGAAGACGUUGAAUGAACGAUACGAUUAUGGACUUGACUUGUAUUUAUUAUCUGUUGAUGAAGGUAUUACCGGCUACAGAGAUGAUUCUUUGGAGACAGUCAAGCGUAAUCAACAGCAGUACAACCUUCCUUUGAAGAUCGUUUCCUAUCAUGAUAUUUAUGGAUGGACUAUGGAUGAGAUUGUCAGAGAAGUUGGUAGAAAGAACAAUUGUACCUACUGUGGCGUUUUUAGACGUCAAGCUUUGGAUCGUGGAGCAGCUAUGUUAGGUGUGGAUCAUAUUGUUACAGGUCAUAAUGCAGAUGAUAUUGCAGAAACCAUCUUGAUGAACAUCUUUAGAGGCGAUAUUGCGAGACUUGGUAGAUGUACUGAAAUUGUUACUCAAGGUGAAAGCAAUAUCAAAAGAUCCAAGCCUUUUAAGUAUACAUAUGAAAAAGAAAUUGUGAUGUAUGCCUAUUUCAAGAAGCUGGAUUAUUUCUCAACAGAAUGUGUGUAUUCACCUAAUGCCUAUCGUGGCCAUGCUCGUACAUUUUUAAAAGAUUUGGAAGCUAUUCGACCUAGUGUUAUUAUUGAUAUUAUUAAGUCGGGUGAAGCAUUUGAAAUCAAAACUGGCACCAAGAUGCCCAGUCAAAAGACUUGUGAACGAUGCGGAUAUAUGUCUUCCAAUGAACUAUGUAAAGCAUGCAUUUUAUUAGAAGGUUUAAAUCGUGGACUACCCAACCUGGGCAUCGGCAAAAUGUCAAAGAAUGAACUCGACAAGAUACUCAGUAGUCCGAUGGAGAAAGAGCCUAGAGUGAAGGUACAGCACUUUGCGGACAUCAAGUUAGAUGAUAAUGUUCCAGAGGUCAUUCCCCGUGAUCCGAAGGAGGUAUAUACACCACCCCCAAGAGUGCCAGGUGGCAUUUUACAUGAUGCAAAGCUGCAGAAGAAGGAUUUAUCUUGGUAGAUAGAAAUUUUGACAGUCCUAACUUGUAUUAUAGCGAUGGAAGCCAGCGUAUGGCAUUUACAAUUCGAUAAACAGUCUUGUCGUAAAGUAGAAAAAGAUAUCUUUUUGAACAGAUUUUAUACUUUAAGUUGCGUUAACAGUUUCGAAAGAAUAAUGUUUUCCAAUAUGGUAAUAUAAUAAAGCUUCUAUCGUUUGCUGUCUCUGGUUCGGAAUCAAUUGUGAAGUAGCCCCCUAUACUUCAAUUUGAUAUCCUUAGCUGAAGUGUGUAAUUGUUU